GCGCUGCCGGCUAUCAGUUGCCAUAGGUGUAACCGUCCGCGAUGAUCUCGAGUUAUCAGCUGCUGCUAGUAGUAGCGGUGACCUUGGUCACCUAUUGCCAUGGCCAAAAGUACCAGGCCGUGUUUAAGUUGUGCGUACCGCACCAGAUUAUUACCGCCUGUCAGGAUCUGAUGGCGAAACCGGAAGCGACGGUGCAGGUAGAGUGCAUACCCGGUCGCGAUCGGAUGGAGUGCUUGGAGAAAGUUAACGCCAGACAGGCGGAUUUCGUAGCCGUCGAUCCGGAGGACAUGUACGUGGCCUACCAUAUGGCAAAUCAGGACUUUAGCGUGUUUACCGAAUUCAGAACGGUGGAAGAACCGAGAGCCGAGUUUCGGUACGAGGGCAUUAUUCUGGUGAGAAAGAGUGAUAAUUUCAGAAGCUUGGCUGACUUGCGUGGGAAGAAAUCAUGCCACACCGGGUACGGACGAAAUGUUGGUUAUAAAAUUCCAAUCACGAAGCUCAAAAAGUUAGGCCUGUUCAAGCUGGCUACGGAUCCGGAAAUGGCACCACUGGAAAAGGAACUGAAGGGUUUGUCGGAACUGUUUGGCAGUUCGUGCUUGGUGGGCAAAUAUUCUCCCAACGACGAGGUGAACCGACUACUGAAGAAACGGUACCCGAACUUGUGUGCACUUUGCGAACGCCCAGAGGUGUGUGACUAUCCCGAUAAGUAUUCCGGGUACGACGGAGCUAUUCGUUGUUUGGUUGAAAAUAACGGAGAUGUGGCCUUCACCAAAGUGAUCUACGUGAACAAAUAUUUCGGUCUACCGGUAGGCGGAGCCCCGGCCAAACCCGCUCUCAAUCCGAAUGAUCGUACUGAUGAUUAUGUGUAUUUGUGUGAAGAUGGAACCACUCGUCCAAUCACUGGUCCAGCUUGUUCGUGGGCUCAACGACCCUGGCAAGGUUAUAUGGGCAACGGAGAUAUUAACAGCCGUUUCCAACUACUGCAACAAAGACUGCAGCAAUUCUACGAAGAGGCGAAAAACUCCGUCGCCAGCGAUAAGGCAAGCCAAAUGUGGGUUGAUCGCAGAAAUGUCCUCGUCGAUCGAGAAGUCCCGGUACUUCCCGGGGAGCAUCUGAACCGUGCGCAGUAUAAAGACGUGAUCGAGCGUGAUGGCCCAUUCCAGUACAAGAUCAAACUGUGCGUUGCUUCUGAGCUGGAACAGGAGAAAUGUGAGGUCAUGCGAAAAGCUGCAUACUCUCGGGACGUCCGCCCCGAGUUUGAGUGCGUUCUGAAGGGAAAAAAUGCUUGCGUGGCAGCCGUACAGCGUGGGGAAGCCGACGCUGUUGUGCUCAAGGGAGAGGAGCAAACCAUUGAUAACGUAGAUGGUUUAAAACCAAUUCUGUUCGAGAAAUAUGACGACGGCGAUGUGAUGGUUGCGAUUGCUGACCAAGGAAUUACACGUGAUCAGCUGCUCAAAUCACCACUGGAAUUUGACGUCACGGAUGAGCGAGCUAUUUCCGCAGCACUCUUUCUAAACGACAAACGCCACCGCAAAACGUGCCCGAACAAGAUGUCCUCCACUCCAGCAGCGCCGAUUCGAAUCAUCUCCGCCCAGGAGCUAACGCGGCUAGGUUCCAACAAGGUGCUAGUCUGCCCGAGUCUUCAGUUCGAGCCAAUCGCCAACUACGCGUCGUGUAACGUCGACUACACGCUGCCAGCUGGAAUCUUUGUCCGCAAGACCGUUUCGGGUCAGAUCGAAGAUAAUAUUGCGCACGCGUUUGUGGCACUAUCUGAAAAAUUUGGUCACGGAGCAAAAACCGAAGUGGUGUUCGAUAUGUUUGGCGAGUUCAAACCUGGCAUGAAGAACGUUCUGUUCCACGACCGGGCAGCCCGAUUCGGACAGGCGGACAACAAGGUUGGAGGCGUAGAGGUGGGAAAUUUCAAGCGAUUAAUGUGUCUGUAGGACACGUUGUAAUUUGAAAAUCAGUUAAAUGAUUUAAUGGAUCAAUUGUUGAAGAGAGGCAUUCGCAUAAGAAGAGGUUUUAUGGGGUGAAGAGUAAUUUUAAGCAAAAUCCACAUUCUUUGUGAGGAAACAAAUACGAAUAUAUUUUAGAAAAAAAAAUCAGUUUAUUUGAUCAUUUUUCUAGGUAGGGCAACCAAGUGUCAUAUCUGUUACAGUUUAUUUGUGUCAUAAUUUUGUGAAAAAUGAAUCGUGAAAAGCAUAUUUCAUUGACUUUGAAGCAAAAAUUA